GGGCGAGUCUUUAGUCCGGCGUGAGCGGAUGUGACAGAAGAGAAGGAAGCGGUGCAAGCAGCAGCUGGAGAGAAGGCGCGGAUAUGGGUACCCUUAAGGGGCAGGAACAUCAGCCUCCCCAGGAGGUUGAAACACGAGAGGAUGAAGAACAAAAUAUCAAGUUAAGUGAAAUUUUAGAGCUCUUGGUUGCAGCUGGAUACUUCAGGGCAAGAAUUAAAGGUCUGUCUCCUUUUGAUAAGGUUGUUGGUGGCAUGACUUGGUGUAUCACAACAUGCAACUUUGACAUUGAUGUUGACUUAUUAUUCCAGGAAAACUCAACAAUUGGUCAAAAAAUUGCCUUAACAGAGAAAAUUGUAUCAGUUUUGCCUAGAAUGAAAUGCCCUCACCGCUUGGAGCCACAUCAAAUACAGGGAUUGGAUUUCAUUCACAUCUUUCCUGUAAUACAGUGGCUUGUAAAACGUGCAAUAGAAACCCGGGAAGAAAUGGGAGAUUACAUCCGAUCAUAUUCCAUAUCUCAGUUUCAAAAGAUACACAGUCUACCAGAGGAUGAUGAUUUCAUGCAACGAAAAGAAAAGGCUAUAAAAGCUGUUAAUGAGAUCAGCGAGGUUUACAAGCCACAGAGGAAAUAUCAAAGACGAGUAGGAGCAGAAAAGUUAUUAGAUGAGGAGUCCAAAGUUCAUGCUACACUUCUGGAAUAUGGCAGGAAGUAUGGGUUCAGCAAGCAAGGAAAAAUUGAGAAGCCUGAAGACAAGAAAGUUGUACUGCCAGCUGGGCUUGCAUCAUCAGGAAAAACUGAAGUUUAUACUGAGGAUGACCUUCAAGCUGCUGAAGAGCUUCGUAUCAAAACAUUGAUGACUGAGAUGGCUGCAAUGGGAACAGAAGAGGGCAGAUUGACUGCAAGCACCGUAGGCCAGAUAGUUGGACUUCAGUCUGACGAGAUCAAGCAGAUUGUAUCAGAAUAUGCUGAAAAGCAAUCGGAACUUUCUUCAGAAGAACGCCCAGAACGACUUGGAGCUGCCCAGCAGCAUAAAAGGAAGGUGGCCUCCUUAAACAAACAGAUCGUGCAGAAAACCAAACAGCUGGAUGAGUUGCGGGCUAAAUGUGCUGACUUACAAGCAGGAUGUGAUGAGGCUAAAAAGACACUAAACGAGGUUAAAUCAUAUAGUGAAAAAUUGGACAAGGAACUGGCAGCUUUGGAAGUGGUGGAAUCCCAAGCAGAUGCAAAUGUAUUGCAGAAGCUUCGGGCACUGGUGGCAAUGAAUGAGAAUCUUAAAAGUCAAGAACAAGAAUUUAGAGCACACUGCAGGGAAGAGAUGGCACGCCUCCAACAAAACAUUGAAAGUUUGAGAGUGGAAGCAGCUGAAAAUGGAGAAGAAAAGGAACCUGCUAAAAUUAUAGACCAACAAUACAAAACUGAGAAAGAGAAACUGCAGAAGAUCAGACUGCUUCUGGCCCGUCGAAACAGGGAAAUAGCCAUUUUACAACGUAAGAUUGAUGAGGUGCCCAGCAGAGCUGAGUUAACACAGUACCAGAAGAGAUUUAUUGAACUGUAUGGUCAAGUAUCAGCAACCCACAAAGAAACAAAGCAGUUCUUUACCCUCUACAACACACUUGAUGAUAAAAAGGUGUAUUUGGAAAAAGAGGUUAAUUUGCUUAAUUCUGUUCAUGAUAACUUCCAGCAAGCCAUGGCUUCUUCUAGUGCUCGUGACCAGUUUCUGCGACAAAUGGAACAGAUCGUAGAAGGAAUUAAACAGAAUCGAAUGAAGUUGGAGAGAAAAAAACAAGAAAACAAAAUGAGAAGGGACCAGUUAAAUGAUGAAUACUUGGAAUUACUAGAGAAGCAGAGGCUUUACUUCAAAACAGUAAAAGAAUUUAAAGAGGAGUGCCGCAAAAAUGAAAUGCUUUUGUCAAAGCUGAAGGCCAGGUGUUCCUGAAGAACCUCAAGCAGAAGUUUGUUGCUAUGAUCAAGUUCACUAUUCCUUGCACACUUUUCAGUAUAAUUCAAAAAUAUAAUCCUAUUUGAUUUAUCUUUACACUACUUAAGAUUCCAGUAACAAUAUAUGCAUCAUGUUUUAAGCAGAGAAUAAAUAAGUAAUAUGUAAAACAAAAGCUCCAAACUUGUUUGGCCAACUUACUAUAUUGAAAAAUGUUUUAUAGUAUUGUUUUGUCCUCCUGUGCAUAGAGAGUCUAAAUGUGCAUCAUGUUUUACUUUGGAAAUAAUCCAUGGGUAAAGUAAUGAUCAAAAAGGAAUUUGAAGCUUAGCCCCUCCAGACAACCGGUAAGCUAGUAGACAGCACAUCUGGUGUCAUACUGGGGAAAUGGUGAUGUCCUACGGCGAGGGAAUGACUCACACAUCUUCACACUCACCUAUACAUAACACAUACUCAGUCUGCAAUAAGGAUUUAAUAUACCUGUACAGGUAGUCUUCAACUUCCAACAAUUCAUUCAGCGACUGUUCACAGUUACGAUGGGGCUGAACCAAUGGUAGUUGCUCCGAGUUCUGGCCAUCCCAGCACCCCCAUGGUUACGUGAUCAAAAUGUGGGCGCUUGACAACUGACUUGCGCUUCCAACUGGUUGCAGCACCCUGCAAUCAUGUGACCAUCAUUUGCGAACUUCCCUGCUGGCUUCCCCAGAAAGUCAAUGGGGAAGCCGGCAGGGAAGGUCACAAAUUGCUGGGGUAAGUCUCCCCCACUCGCGCACCCUCUCCCAACCCCUCAGCUUUCAUGCCGCGCUGGCCACUCACCCCUGUGCACCCUCCCUGAGCCUCGCCAUACCUCCCUUGCACUCUCCCCGAGCUUCCCUUGCACACCCUCUCACGCUCUCCCCCACCCAGCAGCAGCCACUUACCUGUCUGUCAGCCUGCUUGCAAGCUGCCUGGGACUUCCAACUUCCUACCGGCUUCCCCACUGCAGGGGUUGCUGUUGUUAAAUGAUGCGGUCAUGUUUUAUGACUGCAUCACUUAGUGACAGCAGAUCUGGUCCCAGUUGCCUUCGUAAGUUGAGGACCACCUGUAUCCUUCAUUGCCAUUUGCCUUUCAACAUUGGAGACUGUCUUAAACAGUCUCCAUCGAUAACAGUGGAAACUAUUUUUUGACAAUAACAGGUUAUUUGAAGGUGGGAAAUAGUUUUGAUCAGCUUGUUUCUUUUUAACAGGGGAAAGAAGUUGAAAGAUCGGAAAGAGGGAAGGAGGGCUUUCAGGUCAUAUUCAACCCCCUGGUCUGGUUUCCUCUUGUCUGUCUUCCAUUUUUCACCUGUUUGUCACCCUAUCUGCCUUAAAUUCUGUGCAUGUUUCUUAUGGCAUUUUGGAAAGUUACAUAACUGUGAAGUUGCUUUUGGAAGCCAGUGAUGAUCUGCAGAUUUUUUUUAAUGUAUUUAUUUAGUAAGCAACGUAAAUAACUGCCCAUAUACCAGAAGGAACUCUGGGCGGCGAACAAAGUAAGUUCAAUCUGCAUUUACAGUACCACAGGCAAAACAUUCUACCACAGCCUGUAUUAUUAUCUGUAUUAUUAUUCUUUAAUUAUCAGUGAGAAAACUAAUAAAAAUGAAGUCU